AUGUUGUCUGCAGCCGUCCGACAGGCAACGCGUCUAUCGCGCUUUUGCCAAAAAACUCGACACUUCCAGUCGGCGGCAGCGGCGUCCUCGACCGUCAAUGCAGCUGAGAUUGCCCAUUUUUCCCGACUUUCCUCAUUAUGGUGGAAUGAGCACGGGGAGUUCUCGCUACUGCAUCGAAUGAACCCCGUAAGGGUGCGCUAUAUCCGGGAAAAACUCCUCGAGGCUACGUUCGAAGACCAAGGAGAGAAUGCAAGGAGAGAAAUGGAAUCAAAAUGCGCGGUAUUGGCUGGUAUGGACGUGUUGGAUGUGGGUUGUGGAGGUGGCUUGCUCUCAGAGAGUCUUGCUAGGCUUGGAGCCCAUACUCUUGGCAUCGACGCAUCAGAAUCUAACAUUGGGAUAGCCUCAACACAUGCUAGUGCUGAUCCCCAGCUGUCCUCUUCGGGCAAUUCGUUUGAAUACCGACAUACUUCUGCGGAGCAACUCGUCAAAGAGCCAAAGCGGUUCGACGUCGUAUGCUCGAUGGAGGUUAUUGAACACGUAGAUAACCCUGUGGCUUUUCUUUCGGCUUGUGCCCAGCUGGUGAAACCUGGAGGCCAUCUUUUCCUUUCCACGAUUGCGCGGACGCCACUCUCCUAUUUCCUCACGAUUUUGGCCGCCGAACAUGUCCUCCGCAAGGUAGCCGUAGGAACCCACACGUACUCAAAGUUCAUUAACCCUUCCGAGCUUAUAUCAUUCUUCCAAACCUAUCGGUCCUCGCCUUCCUCCUCCAGCACUCCGACGAACUCGGGUGAAAUUGGCUCUGGUGGAUCUCCCAGACCGUGGAUAACACGUACGUAUGCUCAUGGUCUGCCCACACGAUUGGAAGCGGAAGUACGAGGCAUAGUGUAUAUUCCAUGGAGCGGAGAAUGGAAGUUGAUGCCCCGCUCUUCUACGUCCUGGGGUGCCGCAGAGUGCAACUAUCUUUUCUGGGUCAGGAGACCAUUGGAUUCGUAGUAUGAGAUCUGCGACCUAAAUAUAUCCUGUUCUGCCGCAUCACUCUUACACACAAUGCUACAGAUUAGAUGGCAAGUCACCAAGAAAGACUAGCUAGUGUGGCAAUUUGAAUACUUGCUUACAAUUUAAAAUUAGUAUACGGAAGACUCGUCCGGCAGUAGCACGAAUCUAGGACAUAAGCCUUUCCCCCCAGACAAGCC